AUGCCGGCGGCUUUGGAGGAUUUGCGGCGGCGGCUGGCAGCCAAGGAGGCGACGGUGAGGGCCAAGCAGUACGACCAGGCAGCGCGACAGGCAGCAGAGCUCUCAAAGAAGUGUCUCCCUUCCCCGUUUCUGCAGGCAGCUCAACGGGCGGAGGCAGAGCAGCGCAGGGCGCAGCUAAGCCGGGGGUUGGCGGCGCUGGCGGAGGCGUCAUCGGUUGCGGGGGGAGGGGAGCAGGGGGCCGCGACGGCGGGGGGGGGGGCUGGAUCCGGAUCCGGGUCGGGCCCAUCCACGCGGCUGGCUGGCCCCGAAGAUGUUCGGCGGGUGCUGAGGGCUGCAUCGGAUUACGAGGUGCUGCAGCUGCCGGUGGGCAGCACUGCAGCUGAGGUCCGCCGCGCCUACCGCCGCCUGGCGGCCUGUCUGCACCCGGACAAGUGCCGCGAGGAGGGAGCCCAGGAGGCGUUCAUCCGGGCAGCGGCCGCAUACAACGGGCUGCUGCGCCGCUGCGGGGGAGACAGGUCAGCCAUCGCCACCAACAUCAGCACGCGAAACUUAAUCCAUCAACUAGACCUCGUCUCCGUAGCACCUCAACAAAAAGCAAUCCGUAAACCUGAUACUCCCGACCAAUGUGGGGGUCUGCCCAGGAAAGUAUGUUCUGGAAAGACGCUGGCGUUCGUGCUGCCAGUUAUCGAACGGCUCAGAAGACUGGAGGAGGCCUUGAAAACACACCAGGUUGGGGCAAUCAUUAUAUCGCCAACUCGAGAGCUCGCGAAGCAGAUUUAUGGCGUUGCGGGGCCAUUAAUUGCGAGCGUGCCCGGCCUUACAUCAAUGCUGCUGGUCGGAGGAACGGACCCCGCUCAGGACGUGGCGGCCUUCAAGUCCCGCGGUGCGCACGUGCUGGUCGGCACCCCGGGGCGCAUAGAUGACAUCGUCAAGCGAUGCACCGCCAUGGACCUAAAGCGCCUGGAGGUCCUGGUUCUUGACGAGGCCGACCGGCUACUGGACCUGGGCUUCCGCGCCCAGCUGGACUCGGUGAUGUCCCGACUGCCCCGGCAGCGCAGGACCGGACUGUUCUCGGCCACGCAGACGGAGGCGGUGCAAGAGCUGGCCAGAGCGGGGCUCCGGAACCCCGUCCUGGUGAAUGUGGCGGUCACAGCAGUAGCAGCAGCAGCGGCAGCGGCGGCACCGCAGGGGGCGGCCGGUAGCGGUAAAAAGGCGAAGGUGGGGGCGGCCGGUGGGGAGGUUGAGGGGCUGGAGGAGGCGGCGGCGGCUGGUGGUGGUGACGGCGCGGUCGGGCUGCAGAAGACGCCCAACAGUCUGAGCAUCCAAUACGUCAUGUGUGAGGCAGAUGAGAAGAUUCCGCAACUGGUCCGGUUCCUCCGGCUGUACGGCACUAAUUGUAAGAUUAUCGUGUACGCCAUGACGUGUGCGGUCGUGGACUACUUGUCUCUGGUGCUGCCUCGCCUGCCCGCGCUGCGGAGAGUGAAGAUGCGGGCGCUGCACGGCCGCAUGAAGCAGGCGGCGAGGGAGAGGGAGCUGGAGGCAUUCCGGCAGCUGUCGGCAGGUGCUCUGCUGGCCACCGACCUGGCGGCCAGGGGUUUGGAUAUCCCCGACGUACACUGGGUCGUACAGCUGGAUCCACCCCAGGAUCCAGCCGCGUUCGUACACCGAGUGGGUCGUACAGCCCGCAUGGGUCGCCAGGGGAGUGCACUCGCGUACCUGCAGCCGCACGAGGAGCCCUACCUGGAGUUCCUCCGGCUGAGGAAGAUCCCCAUCACGGAGACAAGCCAGCUGCCCCCGACAUCGGGUCGGGGGGAGGGCGGCCCCCAGGCAGCGGCCGCCAGCGACCCCCCCCGGCCCGAGGAACAACCCCACGGACACAGAAACAAGAAGAGGAAGGGGCAGCAGCAGGGGCAGCAGCAGGGGGCGCAUGUUGAGGAGGGAAAGGGGGGCGCGGGUGCGGACCGGGGUGAGGGCCGGAGCCUAGUAAAGGGCGGGGUGGGGAACGGCAACGCCACGUCCGGCGGCAGCCCGAACGGGCGACUUGUUGGGGAGGGCAGUGCUACUGCUACUGCUACUGAUGGUGGUGGUGGUGGUGAUGGUGUGGGGGACGUGGUUUCCUGGCUCCGCGGGGCGGCAGAGCGGGAGCGGGAGGUGAUGGAGGGCGCCACUCGGGCCUUUGUGACAUACGUGCGGGCGUACAAGGAGCACCAGUGCAAGUUCAUUUUCAGAUUGCAGGAUCUGAACGUGGGUCGUCUAGCCCGGGGGCUGGGGCUGCUGCGGCUGCCCAAAAUGCCCGACGUGAAGAAGCCCCUGGGGCUGGAGCACUUCACACCGUCGCAAGUGGAUCCAAUGACAGUGCCGUACAAGGAUAAGCCCCGGGAGAAGCAACGGCUCAAGGCCAUAGAGCAGCGGCGAGCCGCAGCGGGCGCGGGAGGUGCCCCGGGGGGUCGGGGGAGCGGCGCGGCGGCCAAACGUAAGGCCCCCGGGGGCCCGGACGCCGGGGGUUCCGAGUGCCGCCUACCCGCGGCCAAGCGGCGGCAGCUGCAGCUCAUUGACGAGGCGACCAACUUGAACCAGGAGUACAGUCUUCUUAAGAAGCUCAAGAAGGGCAAAAUCACUGAGCACCAGUACGACGUGGCGACGGGACUGUCCUCGGACUCGGACGCGGAGGAGGAGGCGGCGGCGGCGGCGGGUGGCGCCGGGAAGGGCCGGGGAGGCGAUGAGGGCGGGGCGGGGGAGGGGGCGAGGGAAAACGGUAUUGCUGGAAGUCCCGACAGCAGCGACAGCGACAGCGACAGGGACAGCUCCGGAGGUGGUGGUGGUGGUGGAGAUGCCAGGGGGACGGGGGGACGGGGACCGCAAGCUGCCCGAAAUGGCGGUGGUGGUGGCGGUGGAGGGCGGGCGUCUGCAGUGGCGUUCCGUCGCAGAGCCCGGUCGGUCCGUGGCGGCGCCGUUAGCGGGGGGAAGGGUUUGGGGCGGGGGGCGGGGGGUCCGGGACACAACGGGGCAAUCCGCCGAAGCACCAGCCGGCCCCUCCCAGCUGCCAACGCCCCAACUGCCGAACCAUCGACCAACCCGUCACCACCACUUCCACCACCGCCGGCAUUGCUGCUGCUGCGGCUGCUCCCUACGACCGACUCGGGGUACGGCUGCCGGGUCCAGGCUGGCAGGCAGGCAGGCGGGCCCCCAAAAGGUCUCCUACAGCUGGGCCCCCCGCGGCUUCUUGCCCAGGAACUCCUGCAGUACGGUCUGCGGAUUGAUGACAUCAACCUGACCCGGGCUUUGAGGCGAUAUCGAGAGACCAGUGCCGCAGCGGCUACUGCCGCCGCCGGCAGCGGCGGCGGCGGAAGCGGCAGUAGCAACGGCGGUACGGGCGACGAGGCCGCAGCCUCCGGGGAGUUGCUACUGCCACCUCCCUCGGCUGCCGGCCCCGGCGCUUUAGCUACAGCCUCACCUCCUGAUGGCCGUACGCAGCUGCUACUGCUGGGCUCCGUACAGCUCGUGGAUGCCGGGGAGGGUCAAGGAGUGGGUGCGGCAGGCGGCUCUGUUGGGCCCUAUUUGAUCAUGAAGCCAGCCGGGAGGAGGAGGCUGAGGGAGCCCCAGCAGGAAAGGGAGGUGGAGGGGGGGGGAGCAGUGUGCGGCACUGUACGGGAAGCUGACGAGCUGUGGCUGACGUGGCGGAUGGAGGUGGCGGGAGUGGACAAGGGGGGCGAGGUGGUCAAGAAGAUUGCCGUACCGGGGGAGCUGUCCCACCUGUUUCGCCCAGGCCAGCGGGGGUGGGGGGUGCAGGGGUUGCUGUCCGCCUCGGAGCUCGACGCGCUACUGGGCUGCAGCCGGCUGCGGCGCAUUCGGCCGGUUUCGGAGUGCGAGGUGAUGCUGGCCAGUAUUAGCCCCCGUGUUGUGCUGGUGGAUGACUUCCUGCCCGCAUGUUUGUGCGACGCGCUGAGGGCGGUGGCGGAACCAAGACUCAUUCGCAGCAGAGUGUCGACGGGAGCUGAGACCCCCAGCCGCGUGAGUCACUCCACGUUCUUCACGGGUGACUCAGCCCGGCUCGCGGAGGUGGUGGCGGUGGAGGCGCUCAUCCAGCAGCUACUGGAGCGCACCGAGGUGACGGGGGGCGGCAGACCCACGCUGGUGAAGAGCGAGGCGCUGCAGGUGGUGAGUUACGACGUGGGCGGGUUCUACAGCGAGCACUACGACAACAAGGCGGGCGGGGUCAUCAGCCGGGCCGCCACCGUCAUCAUAUACCUGGAGGACACGCCGCAGGGGGGCGCCACGUUCUUUCCCAAGUCGACGGGGCUGCCCUCCCUGGAUAGCCUCUCCCGCGCCAUGCCCGCCCUGGACGCCAUUCCGCAGCUCACGUACCAGCUGCACGCAAUGCGAGUGGCGCGGCCGGGGCUCCGCAUAUACCCCGCCAAGGGCCGCGCGGUCAUCUUCUGGUCUCGACUGGUGGACGGCUCCGAGGACCUGGCGUCUCUGCACGCCGCAGAGCCCGUUCGCGCGGGCAGCAAGUGGAUUUGCACCCGCUGGUUCAAGGAGUUGGCGGCCACCUAA